AUGGCCGCCACCACCGGAGAGGUGAGCACACCAGCCACCACCGGAGAGGUGAGCACACCAGCCACCACCGGAGAGGUGAGCACACCAGCCACCACCGGAGAGGUGAGCACACCAGCCACCACCGGAGAGGUGAGCACACCAGCCACCACCGGAGAGGUGAGCACACCAGCCACCACCGGAGAGGUGAGCACACCAGCCACCACCGGAGAGGUGAGCACACCAGCCACCACCGGAGAGGUGAGCACACCAGCCACCACCGGAGAGGUGAGCACACCAGCCACCACCGGAGAGCAAAGUAGGAAAAUUACCGCCUUAACAGACAAGGUAAAGAGACAGGAGGAACAAAUCAAGAAACUAGUGCACGAAAAAGAGGUAUGGAAAGUGAAGAUUGGUGAAUUUGAAGAAAUUAACAAGAAAAUAGACUCAUAUGAUGGAACAAGGAACAAGGGACCCUGA